AAUGGUGCACCUCAAUUCAGUCGGAAUGGAAUCUGAGCUGAUAAAAUUAUAGCCGAUUCGGUUCUAUCAAGUUUUUCAAAAUGUGCAUACUACUAAAAGCAAGACGCAUAAAAGAAACGGUAGGAGAAACCGUAUCAGCCAAUGGGAUUUCAGGCUUAUUUUGGAGGGGAUUGAGGUCAAAUCGACGGCACACAAAGCCCGAUCAAAUCAAGAACGGUUAUUUUCUUUUUUGUCAACAACAAUCAAAGAUUCAAGACGGUUAUCUUUCCCUCCAAGUUCACGACCCAUUUCGUACCCAUUUUGUUUUUCUCAUUCUCUUCUCUGAAACACGAAACCCAUUUCAUCUUCUCAGUUUUUCUUCUCUGUGACACACCCAUGGCUGAAUACUUGCUAAUCAGAAAUUACUUCGACAUGAAACAGAAAUUGGUUGCUGCGCCUGCGUUGGUCCAGUACAACCAUGCACAACAAUCUGUGAACAGAUUUGGAGAAUUUCUGGUGAGAACUGGGUCCAACAAGAGAAGGUUCAUAAACAUCAAGAAAAAAUAUGAGAUGGAGGCACUAAUUCAUUUUUCUAAAAGAGAGGGUCUCUUCUGGCAUGGUGGUUGCAUUAACAUCUCCCAGAACCCAGAGGAAGUCAGAUCCACCGCUGAUGAUCUGAUUCUAAUGGCCUGCAGUAAUGGUAUCUCCAAUUUCACCAAGAACCAGAGUAAGGCUCGCUCCCACAACAGAUUCAAACAGUACGUUCGCAAGUUCAGUGAAGCCCGAUCAGCUGAGAGGAGGUAUAAUUUUGUUCGGAACUCCCUCUUCCAAUUUGAGCAAAAAAUGAACAAGAUGUCAGUGGUGGUCGAAACACUGCAGGAGACUAAAACAUUGGGUUCGCUCUGGGAAAAUUUCAACAACAACAGUGUUUCUGUAAUCAUUCCGCCUAGUGCUAGCAAGAAGGUCACCUUUUGUUUGGCAAAAAUGGCGAUGACCAAAGGCUUCAAGCACCUCCACAUCCCUUUGCCUGUCCGGAUGCUGAUAUGUAGCUUGCCUCUGUGACUGUGUUCUUAAUCUUGACAAGGCUUAUGAGCCAAGCCGAAAUUACAAAGAGGGAAUGUAUAUCCUACAGAGGGAACGGAUGCCAUCUCUUUGCAAUACCAGACACUUUCUGUAAGUAAACAGUGUUAAUGCUGAUUGCAGCUGGUACAAGUUUAGGAUAAGACCUAUUUGAUUUUGAGCACCAAACGACUUUGUUGUUCUGUAUUGAAAAGAAUGUUGCUGGAACUGUUCUUGAUAAUUGUGAAUGUUUUGUUAACAGUAA